AGCUGCAUUUCAUAUUGUUUUAAUAAUUACUGUUUAUUUUUGAAAUCUUUGUAAAUAGUUUUCUUCUUGAAAAAUGACUGCAACUUUACGUUAUCGUGGCGACAAAAAUAAUCUAAUCGAAUUAGCCAAAAAUUUGGAUGCAUUUAAGAAAGUACCAGAAAAAUAUACAGAAUCUACGGAAAUUGGUGGCACUUUGUCCCUUAUCAGUCGUCUAUUAAUCAUUUAUCUGAUCUAUCGUGAAGUCAAGUACUAUCAGGACGCAGGAUUGGUCUAUCAGUUUGAACCGGACAUUGAUAAAGAAAAGGUACAAAUGCAUGUUGAUAUCACCGUAGCCAUGCCCUGCAAUUCUUUAUCUGGUGUAGAUUUAAUGGAUGAAACGCAGCAGGAUGUGUUCGCGUACGGUGCUUUGCGUCGUCAAGGGGUGUGGUGGCAUUUAACACCUCAUGAACGCACUGAGUUCGAAAGAGUACAACAUGAAAAUCACUUUUUACGUGAGGAAUAUCAUUCCGUUGCCGACUUGCUCUUCAAAUACAUUAUACAAAGCCCAGAAGUGGAUGAAACGGCGACAGAAGAAGAUGAGAAGCCUUUAAGUGAAGAGCAAUACGAUGCUUGUCGUUUACAUGGGACGUUAGGAAUAAAUAAGGUGGCCGGCGUUUUGCAUUUAGUGGGCGGUACACAACCGGUGGUAGACUUGCUUGGUGAGCACUUAAUGAUUGGUUUUCGCCAUGUUGCGGCCAAUUUUACACAUCGCAUUAAUCGUUUAAGUUUUGGACAAUAUGCGCGACGUAUCGUUCAACCUUUGGAAGGUGAUGAAACUUUUGUUUCCGAAGAGGGUACUAUUGUACAAUAUUUUCUAAAUAUAGUACCCACCGAAAUACAUAAAACUUUUACGACUAUUAGCACUUAUCAGUAUUCGGUCACAGAAAAUGUCAGAGUAUUGGAUAGCGAUCGCAAUUCAUAUGGUUCACCAGGCAUUUACUUUAAAUAUGAUUGGUCAGCUUUAAAAAUUAUUGUACGUACCGAUCGUGAUAAUAUGUUGCAAUUUAUUAUACGUUUAAGUUCCAUUAUAUCGGGUAUAGUUGUUUUAUCGGGUAUUUUAAAUGCAUUUUUGCUGACUCUACGAAGAAAUAUUAUUAAAAUCCUAGCUCCACAGUUGUUACAAAAAACUUCUAGUCUCCCGAAUGGUGAAAGCUCCCUGAUGAAACCUGCGCAAAGAUCUGGCCAGCUUGUGUUGACAAAUGAUCUGCUAAGUGCCGCGAACAAUAUGUCAGUCAUCGAUCAGCAGCAGCACGCAGUUAUAACCACUUUGCAUAAUCCACUCGUUUUAUAAAAUGAUCCGCGACAAAUUUAUUUUCAUUAAGACAAAACUUUUUCUAAAUUCGAAUUUUACACAAGCUUCCCUAAUUGACUGUG